UUUACAGCACUCUUUUUUUACAUAAAACAUAACAAAAUAAAAGGAAAUUUUUAUAAAAAAUUGUAAUUUGUUAAUAAAUAUUUUUAGAGAUAUAGAUUAAAAAAUGUAUACAUGUAAAUUAGUAUAUUGCAUAACGAUUUAAAUCGUGUUGUUUUAUUUUAUCAAUUAUUUCAUCAUGAAUCUUAAAUAAAGCUUUAUCUAACAAGAAAACAUCGCGAAUUUUUAAUUCUUUGAUUUUGAUGCACUUUUUGUAUUGCAGAGUGGUUCAAUAUAGCCUUAUUCAUGAUUUAUCGCUCUUUAAAGAUAUACAAACCCUCAAAGCCAAAAGAGCACUCCAUUUUUAUGUGUAUAACUUUUAAAUUAAAAUAAAUAAAAUACUUAGAACAAAAGUUUAAUGAGAAAUUAAGAAGAUGACAUCACUGAAAGUUUCACAAAAUUGUUUUAUAAAAAAUAUUUUUCUUUGUAUUUUUAAGAGAUUUUGUACAGAACGCAGUGAUCCCAGAGUACACAAAUCGUAGAAAACUAAAAUAGAUAUACGCGCUUUUUCAGAUAUCGAUUUUAUACCUAGAUAUAUCUUUUCCUUUAGAUGAAAAAAGAGAUUUGUUUGUAUUUUUUCUUCCAAAAGUGCAUUGUUGCAUUCAUAUAUAUUGCGCCCGCGCUUGCGCAUUCCGACCGAAACCAACAGACAGAAUUUAUUAAUUAAGAUCUCUCGCUCUAACUAAAAAGCAGAGAAAAGCAAACUCGUUCCUAUUUUUUUAUCGGUUGCUGUUCCUAUUUCUUGAUUAGUCAUCAGUUAAACCGCUGAUCACACAAGCAACGUGCUAACGUACUUUGUGUUUGUUUUUAAUAUGAAGUUACAUGUAAGGCAAUAUACUCAACAUAAAAGUAAAAGGAGGGGAGAGGGCAAGUUUGCGCCUCUCUGCUUUUCAGUAUAUUUACAUCAUUGGUUUAGUUUUAACGGCUCUAACUCACUAUAACAAUUUAGUAUUUUUAGUCUUUCACAAGAUAUAUUCAAAUAUAUAAGAUUAUGUUUAAACAUAGCACAUAUGUUUAUUAUUUUUUACUCUGGCAUCACUGCAUUUUGUAAAAGUCAAUGCGAGUAUGACCGCAACCACAUGAAAAUAUUAACUUGACAGGUUUCGCUUUUCUAUUUUUUAAGAUCUUUGUACAUGAGAAUAGAAAAGGUUGAUUGCAACGAAUCAAAGCUAGCAGAAAAUUAUUUUGUAAUUAAACCUUAAACAGUACCGAAACUUGGUGCUAUUAAAGCUUCUCACACGUUUCGGAAAAUUAUCGAUAAAAUGGCGCAGAUUAAUCCGGCAAAUAUAAUAAAUAUACUAUCAACAUUUUUUGAUGUAUCUAAUAUCUCAUUAACUGUUAUUAAUAAUAGAGAAAUCGAAUUAAGCGAUAUUAUAAAACAGUUAAUUAUUAAUGGUAUGAAUGCUUCUUCACUCAUAAUUAAAUAUGAUAAAGAAUUAGAAUUUGAGAAUAUCGCAAAACCACCAAAAGUUCCAUUUGUAGAAGAGGAUAAUGUGCAACAAAAUGAAGUUAUUAUAGUAUUUAAUAAUACGUGUAAAUAUGUUGAUAAAUUGGCAUUUGAGGAUGUCAAAAAACCACUAAAAAAUGAAUUUGUAGAAGAUAAUAUACAACAAAAUGAAGAAAUUAAGGAAUUUGAUAUAUGUGGAUAUGUUGAUAAAUUGGAAUUUGAGGAUGUCGCAAAACCAUCAAAAGUUCCAUUUGUAGAAGAGGAUAAUGUGCAACAAAAUGAAGUUAUUAAAGUAUUUAAUAAUACGUGUAAAUAUGUUGAUGAAUUGGCAUUUGAGGAUGUCAAAAAACCACUAAAGAAUGAAUUUAUAGAAGAUAAUAUACAACAAAAUGAAGAAAUUAAGGCAUUUGAUAAUAUGUGUGGAUAUGUUGAUAAAUUGGAAUUUGAGAAUGUCGCAAAACCACCAAAAGUUGAAUUUAUGGAAGAGAAUAAUAUGCAACAAAAUAAAAAUAUUGAAGUACUUGACAGUGUGUGUGUUUCAAAUAAAUAUAAUAACAUAGAUUUAGAUUAUAAGAUUAGAGCUGUUGAAUUCUGGAAAAAUAUAAAAAAAACACGAAAACACUCUUUCAAAAGUGUACAACAUUCUUUUAAAAAAGUGACAUCGAGUACACAAUUAUAUAGAUGGGAACAAUAUUUAGCAAGAGGUGGUACAAACAGAGAUAAAUUGUUAUCUAUCUCGCAAUAUGUAUUUAAAAAAUUUAAAGAAGCGGUUUGUAGUAACUACCUUGUGCGUAAUAUAAAUAUUAGACAGUGGGCAUUUGAAGCAAAGAAACAAAUCAAUUUUCCAAAAUUUAAAGCUGGACGUACUUGGCUAAGAAAUUUUAAGAAAACACAUAAUAUAGAUUUAAAAAAAUUAGCAAAACUCAUGGACUCGACACCACAAUGGAAUUAAUAAUUACAAUUAUUCUGAUUUCGUAACUCGAACAAAAUCAUGCAUUAAUAAAAAUCAAAUAAAUGAUGGCG